AUGACUGAUCGACUCAUAUCAAAUGUAUUGGGAAAAUACCUUUCCGUCUUUAUCAAAAAUUGGGGAAAAGACGCUCUCUCCUUGUCGUUCCUAAAGGGAACAGGUGCUCUAACAAAUCUUCAAGUGAAUGAACAAGUCAUUCAAGAAGUUCUUCCGAUUGAUUUUCUUCAAGUGAUGGAUGCUCAUGUAAAUCAGCUUUCAAUACGAUUGCCUGGUCUAACACGGCUCACAAACGAUCCCAUUGUCCUAACACUGGAUCGACUCGUCAUUAAUCUAGAAGAGCCUAUAAAGCCAUUCGUUAAAAAGACUCCUCUAAAGGAUUUUCUAGAGAAAAAUAGAGGCUCGCAAGGUGAUGAUGCAUCAAAAAGUUCAACCGGAACCAGCAAGUAUGGAUUCGUAGAUAGAAUUAUUGAUGGUAUAAAAAUAGUGGUGAAUUGGGUGGAAAUUAAUGUCAAAACAUUGGGACAAAUUCCUUCAACAACAAUUGGUCCAUACACACCACAUGUGUUACAAAUUUUAGUGAAAGGAUUUUCACUACAAACAACAGAUUAUAGAUUUAAACCAGUGACAGAUUUGAAACUGGCAAUUCCUAAAGUGGAGAAGAAUCAUCCAUUUGUGUGGGUUCAUCGUUUGGGAUCUGUAGAAUCUAUUUCCAUUUCACUCAUUCCUAGCUUGAGUUUUUAUCCAUCCAAUCAGAAAAAGCCAUCAACUUUUGUACCACUACCUCCAAUUCGAUUACUGGAUGAUAUUUAUUGUCAAAUGUUUAUUACUAUGAAAAAACGAGCUGUGACCGUAGGAAAACAAUCCUCCUUAUUGAGUGUAACAGCCGAAAUUGUGCUUCCUCGAAUUGCCAUAACACUACGACAAGAGGAUAUCAAAGGCUUAAUAAGCGUUUUAUUAGCUUUUAAAGCAGCAUCAGCAAGAGAGGAUUUGAAACAACCUAAAGAUGUUCUUUCUACCUAUGUCAAAAAACACAAGAGAUCCAACAGUCAAACAAGUCUUUCAAGCAAGACUUCCAUGACAACCACGAAUUCAGGAAAACAAUCAAAGGCAAUUUCUAAAUUCUUUGUGGAAUCCAAAGAUAAUGCAGAGGCGGCAGAGGAUUCUGACGAUGAAGCUAAAUUAGAAGAGGAGUUGGCUGAGUUGGAUUCGGAUUUAGGUGAUAUGGAAAUCAUUAAUGACGAGACAAUCAAAAAAGCUAAUGCACAGCCUCAAGAAGCUGCUCGUAAAACAAUAGUUGUAAAUUUAAAUGAGUUUCAAAUGACAUUCCUGUACAGUCGUGACAGCAAUAAUCAACCAAAACAAGUAGUAGGAAGAGAAAAUAAGCGAGUUCUUGGAUACUUUUUUGAAAUGCUUGGCUUCCAACUUGGAGUUGUAAUUCCAGAAGAUAAUCCAACAGAAACGAAUGUUCAACUCGGAAUUCCAUUUAUACAAUUCAAAGAAAUUACCACAAGUUUUAAAGGACAAGGAAAUUUAACUGAUAAUGCAGCAUCUUUCUUGGAUCUUGAAUUGUUAAGCAAUCUCAAUACAGUUGACAAUGAAAUGAAGGAUGAAAGUUAUAUUAUUCAACCUCAAAUUUUCCGUGAAGAGUAUGAAGAAGAUGAAAUUAUAAGCCACACAAACAGAUUGAAUUCGCCGAAUCAGCCUCAUCACCACGCAUACACUGUAAAUUUAGAAAUAUGGCCAGAAUUUUUGUCAACACAUCGUUACUAUCCUGACCAUAAAAUUGUAGAGAGAGUGUAUAGACCACAUAACUCAAUUUUGAAGAGAAAAUUUUUUGAAGAGGGAAAAGAAAUGGUUAGAUUUAAAUUUGUAAAAGGAGAAGGAAUGGAAUUUGUUUUGGAGUGUAGAAUUAAUCCAAUUCAAGUAAUGUUGGAUGUGAGAAGAAUAAUUCGAUUGGUUGAAUAUUGUUUAGAAUGUUUACCAGAUAUGUCUAUCAAACCACCACCUGAAACGGUUAUAUUGAUUAAUAAGCCUAUACAACCUUCACAAAGCGCUUCCUCACUGAAGAGUGCUAAGAGUAGUAGUGACAAGCUCAAGAUAUCUCCUUCAACUGGCUCCCUAACUUCAUCGGAUUAUACUUCUGAUGAUGAUGGUGAUGAGAAAAGUUUUUCAUUCCUUGUCGAAAUUAGAAGCCCAAAGAUAUAUGUUCCAUCCAAUUACAGUGUCAAUAGUUUCUCAGAUGUGAAUGAAAUAAUGUGUAUUGAUAGCAGGGAGUUAAUCAUUACUAGUGAUCCUCGAAUCAAGAAACAAUCAGAAUGGGGUAAAAAAGAUCAAGAUUCUCUAUUCGCACCCAAGUCCAUUGACAGUUUUCCAUCCUGUGGUACAGAUUACAGCUCCCAGCAUGGUACUUUAUGGGAAUUACUGCCUCACAAGUUCAAAGUGAAGCUCUCUGAUUUUUUAAUUCAAAUCAUGCCUUCUAUUCAUUCACCUCCUCAACGAAUUAUGGAACCUCUUUCAUUGACAUUUGACUUGGGUGUUAAUGAUGAGUCAAUAUCAGAGUAUCAUGCCAAGUUACCAAAGAUUGUAUUAUUAACAUUUAUUGAGAAUUUGAAUUUCCACAUGAAUCAAUCUCAAGUAAUUUUAUUAUUGGAGUUUAUUAGAACAUUUGUGGAUGACCCACCAAUGAUCAAGUCAUUACUCAUUCAAAGUACCAAAUCAUUCCACGCACAUAAUAUUGAUUUAUUUAAAAAGUCAAGCCAACAACCGGUCAUAGAAACACCUAAAGAAGAUAUUCGGCUCAUACCUCUCAUGUUCAUGUCAAAGAUUGCAUCACUUGAGUUAUCCAUAACUGCUUCAUCUGCAACAAGCAUGGAAGCAUUCUUCUCGUCAAAAUAUGAUCCAUCUAUGGAUGCCAAGUUAUUGACAUUACAAUUGAAUGGAGCUGAAGUGCUGGUUGAGACAAAUAAUAUCACAAAAACAAGUAAUUUUGUUACGGUAAAGAGUAAGAUUACUCAUUUCGAGAUUACAUCACCACAAAAUGGACAGAAUCCAUCCUCUAUUAUGGUCAGCCACAUUAAUUCCAAAACCUCACAAAAGAGUCCCUAUGUUUUUGCAAUGAAUCCAAAGAAAUUUUCAUCCAAUACCCCAAAAUAUAUGGUUGUAUUCAGAUAUGAACAUCCAGUAGAUUUAAGUCCAGCUGAUACCAAGGUAACAACACCUACCUCGAAAGACGACCAUUCAAUUGAGCCUCAUGUAAAUUUAAAGUACUUGAGAAAUGCAAGGCUCAUACUUCGCGCUAAUGGAAUUCACGUUGGAUUGAAUACGGACACAGCAUACCAUGUCUUUCAUUUCUUAAACUCGAGAGAAAAUGCUUUUGACAUUUCUCCAAUGGAAAUUAUGAACAGAACUGUGAAAAGAACGUACAGCAAAAUUAGAGAAAAGUAUUUACCUGAAAAGAAGAAAUCAGGAGACAGUGCUGCAUCAGAGCUAUCCACUUCAUCUUUACCAGCUGAUUUUCUCUCCCCAACGGAAGACACUCACCCACAAGUUAUUUCUUCACAAGAUUUCCAAACUCCUGCAUUAUACGAUCAACAAGAUGAAACACCUUCUGAAAUACCUGUCGUAGCAACAACCAUGGAUGACGUUGAAAAAGUGGACAUUAGUGUCAACGCUGCCACUCCAGUUACACCGGAAAAUACCGAAGAACAUCAUGAAGAUGAUUUUGAGAUUAUAACAUCUUGUGAUGUACAAGAAAAGAAAACAAGUCCACUUGCUCAUUCUCCACAAAUUACAUUGACCAUCGAUGAUGACGGUUUCUCUUUAGUGGAUAUGGUUGAGAAGGAGGAGCAAGCGAAAAAAGGAAUGGCCACUAUCACUUCAAAGCAGAAUAGUUCAGUUACACCUGCCACUCCAAUAAUUACAACAACGAAUGAAACUGUCACUGCAACAACUGAUCCAUCUUCAUCACCACAUGUCGAACGUGCUAUUGAGCCAGCAACAAUUUUGCGAAAACCAAAAGAAAGUACAAGUGAAAUUAUUCCAGUCAUCAAGGAAGAAAUAAUACCUGUCAUCAAGGAAGAAUUAAUACCAACCAUUAAGACUGUGGCUAAAAAGAUCAAAGACAAGAAGAACAAACCAAAGAUUGAAACAGAAAAUAGAUCACAUCACGAAGGUGACGAAGACGAUGAGGAUCAUCCAAAAGACGAAGCCUACUUGGCCUCCACUCGUAAAACAUUUUAUCCCAUGCUCUUUGAUGUUUCAAUAGAGGGUUUGGAGGUCUAUAUUAUUGGAAAAGGACCAGCUCCAAAUGCUGCUGGUUUUGAGAUUAAGACUCUGGGUGUUGUUCACGUACCUACUCGUGCCAUAAUGGAGACAGAAGCUACACCAAAAUUCGAUAACCUUUAUAGAAUUGAGCAUUUGGAUAGAAGUUCAAAACAAACUAUUCAAAGCUUUAGCAAUAGAUCUCAUGAGUACGAAUUGAAACUUUUCGGAAGUGAAACUAAUGUGCAUUGUCUCAUUAGAACAGAUUUACCAUUCAAAUCAUUGGACGAUAUCAAUAAUAAUGGUACAAUAAGGUCACCAUCACUUGAUGAGAAUAAUUUACAAGUUGUACCAUUAACAUCAGCUCCUGUUGAUUUUAUGCUUGGUUUGGUAAAUGACUACACAAAACCACUGAGUAAGAGAGGUAUUUGGUUCCAAGCUAUGGAUCCUUCUAUUGGUCACUCCAAAGACUCUCUUCGUAUUGAGAUCAAACCUGAAAUGCUUUAUGUGAUUUCCAAGUUACUUCGAAGUCAAUUUAAGGAUAUCAAACAAUGGGCAGACAUGUUGCAAGGAUACUUUGCACUUUUCGCUGAUAAGAGAACUCUCCUCAUCAUUAAAAAGUUCCAGACCUUGGGAGAUUUAAUCUCUGAAUCACAGAGAUCAUUCACGAAAACACUGGUAGAGCACUACAAUCUCACCAAAUUGGUAGCAAACAUGCAAACAGAGCUAAAUGAUAAAACUGAGGCGUUAGAGUCUGCAAUUCAGAGUAAGAUUCACCUCACAGAGAUAUUGGCAGAAAUGCAAAAUCAACAAUCUCUUAUCAGGACACCCUCAAAAUCAACACUUACUGCAACAACAACUACUCAAUCUUCGACUCCUAAAGUUGAAGAUAACAAGAAACAAAUUUUGAUUGAAGGACCUUGCAAAGUGUUGACUCAUUCGACGCAAGACUUUAAGAGAGUUCACUGCGUCAUGUUAGAUACUUGUGAGAUUUUGUGUCUCACUCAAAAAUUACCACCUAAUAGCUUUGUGAAAGAUUCCACAGCUUCAAUAGAUAAGGUUCUAUUUUAUCACAUGCCUCUCAAAGAUACAACCGAGUACAUUCAAACACAUGUUCCUGUUGAUGAUGGAAUGCCAAAAGAAGUUUUUGCACUGAUUAAUGGAAAUGAAAAGAGACUCUUUAUUUAUCCAGAAACAGCCAAUCAAUUAAAGGAUUGGGUUAGACUUGGAACAAGAACCAUAGAGGAACUUCGUUUAAAGAAUCUUCGAAUUGAUAUUUGCGUGCAGACAGAUAUCUCAAGAGAGUUUUUUGAAAAGAAGGAAAAUGACUCAAGCAAACAUGAUGAAAUUAUCAAUAAGGUUCUCACUGACGAAACGAUCGAAUAUCAAAAUCGUGAGUUACGACAAAUGCAAAAACAAUUUGAAACCAUUAAGGAUUGUUUACGAUUAGCCGCUGAAGAGGAGUUUGCAUUAAGAAUUGAGUUUAGUCAACUCUAUGAGUAUAUUCAAUCGUUUAGAAAUGAGCAAGAAAAACGUGAACAGAGUAUUUCAACGUUCUUGGCUCAAGAAAGUGAGACUCGUAAACUUUUAGCGGAGCAAAAAUUACAUACAAAAAAGUUACAAUCUGAAUGUGAUUUCAGAGAUCAUAAAAUUAGAGAUUUGGAAAACAAGUUGAAAGAGGAAAAGAAGCGGUUCAAAAAGGCUCAGGAAGAGACAAAUGCAUUACAUCGAACACUACGUGAACAUAUUCUGCAGUUACAGCAAGAGUUACAAAAAACUCAAAUUGAUAAGAGCAAAGUUGAGAAGGAAUAUAACAUUCUUGUGAAGAGACAAAUUCAACAAACAGAACGAGCUCUCAAAAUGGAAAAGAAGAAUGAAACUUCACAAAUUGUGAGAGGAGAAAUUUCAGAUCAACAAUUAGUGAACAGCGAGUUGAAGAAUAUUAUUUCUGAUCUUUAUGUGCAACUUGCGGAGCUUAAAGAGCAAAACCAAAUACUGCAAAUGCAAAAUAUGGAGUUGGGAAUGAAAUUGGCUGAAAAGGAAAGUUUAUUGGGAUCCAGAACUGCAUCUGAUACCACUAUUGGUAAGGAUGAUUCAAUUACAACGACCAACACAGAUACUUCCAUCACAGCUUCCAUCACAGCAACCACUCCAAGCGAUGACCUCAAAUUAGAAACUGUGCUUAGUUUUAGAAGUCAGCAACGAAGUCAAAGUGUAUACUCUCCAAUUCAUCAUGAUGACAAAAAACCACUCCCUCACAUACCUCCAAAGCACUUGCCACAACUACCAGUAGCACCACCAAACAGUGGUAAUAGUGGCACCUCGGGUAUGCGAAGUUCCUCUUCAUCCACUUCAUUGUCAUCAUCCAAUCCAUCAAACUCGAGCUCCACUUCAUCAACCUCUCGUUUAAAUACCAUGCGAGAACGUGGUGCCACCUUUGCCAGUGCUCUUGGAAAUAAGCUGCGUGACACAUUCAACAAAUAA